GGCUGGGGGUGUGUGUGCGUGGAGCCGCCCCGUUCUCGUGUUGCUGGGCUCGGUGACAGUGGCGCAGAGCCGAUCGCUGAUCAGGAUGCCGGUAGACGUGUCUCAGUGGUGCGGGUCUCUGGCCCUGGAAGAGGUGGACGAAAAGCCGUCACACCCGCUUAGUGUGAGCUACGGGUCGCUGGGCAUAGAGGAGCUGGGCCAAGUGCUCACCCCCACACAGGUUCAGAACCGCCCUACAAGCAUUUCAUGGGAAGGCAUGGACAGUAACAAACUGUACACACUUGUGAUGACGGACCCUGAUGCACCCAGCAGGAAAAAUCCAAAAUUCAGGGAAUGGCACCACUUUCUUGUUGUAAACAUGAAAGGGAAUGACAUGAGCAGUGGUUGUGUCCUGUCUGAUUAUGUUGGCUCAGGUCCACCAAAAGGAAGUGGUCUCCAUCGUUAUGUCUGGUUGGUGUAUGAGCAGAAGGAGCCACUGAAAUGUGAUGAGCGAAUUCUGACUAACCGCUGUGGUGACCACAGAGGAUGCUUUAAAUUGUCUACUUUCCGCAAGAAGUAUGGUCUGGGAGCCCCUGUUGCUGGCAAUUGCUACCAGGCCGAGUGGGAUGAUUAUGUCCCCAAGCUGUAUGAGCAGCUUAGCUCCUAAAAAAAAAUCUGCAGAUUUUUCCUGUUUUGCACUUAAUUGUUCAGACCACAAGUUUCAAAUGUUUAAGCCAAUCAUUUCACACAUCCUGAUUAGGGUAAAUUUUUAUUUUUGCAAAUGUGGGCCCAUUUUGGGGUCCAUUCAUAGUUGGGUGUUCUAUUGUGGUGCAUUAUAAUGCAUGCAUUCAUGUGUGUGGCAUUAAAGCAGCUCAUUCAUUUUUUUUUUUUUUUUUAAUAGGAUGCCAACACACCACAAAGAUUGAAAAAAUAUAUAUACAUGACCCUUUUACGUUGGGCCCUAAUGUAUAAUGCGUUGGGGUACCAUUCACACUGAAUGGGGCCACAAUGCAACGCACACAGAGCAGGUGGGUUGCCAUGAUUUGUGGUAAUGCACAUCCAUGAAUGAGUUCUCAAAGUGUUCAGCAGAGUGAAAAUGUAAAAUCCCCAAACACUUGGAGCAAAACCGCAGUUUUCAGUAUUGAAGGUAUUAUAGUAGCUGUCAGUCUCCAAUCUAAGAAGAUCCUUUUAUUAAAACCAAGUAGGAAUUCGAGAAUGGAGAGGCACAUAUGAGAUGAUGCAUUUUAGUUGUACUAAUUUUGUUUUGCAUGACAUUAAAGUAAAACUCCAUAUCAA